GCCAGCCUCCCCAGGCCCCUCCCCACAGUGACUCCUGCCCGGAGAAUGUCCAGCCCUGGCAUAAAGGCCACGGUGUCUCCGGGCCGCUGUCAGUCAGGAGGCUGCCCAUCCACCAUGGGAGGGCUCAGGGUGACCAUCUUGCUGCUGGCUGGCCUCCUCCUGCCAGGGACCUUGGCUAAGAGCAUCCGGACCUUCUCAGACCCCUGCAAGGACCCCACGCGAAUCACCUCGCCCAAUGACCCCUGCUUCCUUAUGAAGGGCCACUCUGGUGGCAGCAGCCUCAGCAGCCACGGCGGCUCCAGCAGCACCUUCAGCAGCUCUGCUUCUGGUUCCAGCAGCUCCGGCGCUGGAUCUGGCCGACCAGGUGUCUCCCAGAGCGGCCCUUCGGGAACUGUGGUGUUUAAGCCGGGGCCAGCCCACGCCCAGGUCAGCUUCUCCUCCAGCUCCAGCUCCCAGGGCUCCUCCGGCUCCUCCCAGUCGGGAACCAGCAGCCGAGGGCCUGGGAAUGGCUCCGCUCUGCCAACUGACGACUUCUCACACUCGGUGUCAGGCUCGUCCCAGUCCCGGUUCCGAGGAAGCUCCAGCUCUGGGUCAUUGGGCAGCAGCUCCAACCUGCGUCCCUGCAGCGCCAACGUCCCUGACUCUCCCUGCAGCGGGGGGCCCGUGGUCUCACAGUCCGGCUCCUACAUCUCCAGCUCCCACUCUGUGUCGGAGGGGAAGAGGCCCGUAGUGGUGGUGGUGGAGCAGCACGGCUCUGGGGGCCCCGGAGUGGUUCAGGGGCUACCCUGUAGCAAUGGUGGCCCCUCGGGCAAGCCCUGUCCCCCUAUCACCUCCGUGCAGCAGCCCUACGGUGGCUAUGAGGUGGUAGGCGGCUCCUCUGACAGCUACCUUGUCCCGGGCAUGACCUACAGCAAGGGCAAGAUCUACCCUGUGGGUUACUUUACCAAAGAUGGCCCUGUCAGGGGCGCCCCAGGGGCUCCUCCACUUGCAGCCGGGCCCCCCAUCUCUGAGGGCAAGUACUUCUCCAGCAACCCCAUCAUCCCCAGCCGCACCUCCUCAGGUUCCUUCCAGGGAGGAAUGCCCCCCGCCAUUGUGUUCCAGCCUGUGGGCUCCGGGGGGGUCCAGCCUUGUGGAGUCAGCAUCUCAGGGUCUAAGGGGCCCUGUGGUCCCUCGGGUUCUGGGGUGCACAUCAGUGGUUCUAGCUCUUCCUACCAACCCUGCGGCAGCUCUUCCCAGGGGCCUUGCUCCCCGUCAGGCCUCAGCUCCCUCAGCGGCAGCUCCUCCUCGGGCACCAAAGUCAUCCUUCAGCCUUGUGGCAGCAAGUCUGUUUCUGCGGGCCACCCUUGUAUUUCUGUCUCCUCGUCGACCUUGAGUGGGGGUCCUGAUGGCUCUCCUCAGCCCGAUCCAUCUGCUGGUGCCAAGCCCUGUGGCCUCAACAGCCCUGGGAGUAUUCCCUGCCGCUCCAUCCGGGACAUCCUGACCCGAAUACAGCCCCUGGGGCCCCAGCUAGCAGACCCUGCGGUCUUCCUGCCCCAGGGAGAGGAACCUUCGAGGUCCUGAGCCAGCUUUGCAGAUGCAUGUGCAUGGUGCACCUGUGCUCCAGCUCGCAGUGGGGAGACGCCGGGCCAGGUUGGGGCCAGCUGUGUCCCCCCACCCCGCCCAGGGCUGCUUGAUACCCCAGGAUCACCACUGUCUCCACUGUCCCAAGCCCUGGCCUGCCUCUCCUCACUGCCCUACUCCAACCCUGCUCUUCUGCCCUCUGCCAGGUCCCAUGGCCUUGCCAGCUCUCCUGAGGUCUCUAGGAUGACCAAGACAGAUGAGCGCUGGUUAAGCCCACCCAUUUGGGGUCUCAGCUGCAAACCCCGAAAUGUGCCCACCCUUUGAUGCCCAAUGUGUCAUCCUGACAGCCCUGAUGGGUUCUGCCAGCCUGGGGCUUAGCUACCUCUAACAUGGCAUCCACCCAGCUUGGGACUGGACCCCCCAAAACUGCAGCAUCUCUCUCCGAAAGUACCUUCUGAGUUUCUCUUCUAGUUCCAGAAACAACCCCCCCCCUUUUCCCACAUGCACCAAGCCCUCUCCAACCCCAAGGCUCCACAACCACCCAUGAGCUCGUACCCCCAGCCCAACUCCAUAAGGGCUGUCCCCAGCUCCCCUUUGCGGAGGGUCUUUGCAGUCUCUACCAGCCUCCCAGGCAGGCAAUAAAGGCUUUUUCUUA